CCCAGAAAACGUAUUGAUUACGAUUCUGACAUAAACAAAUUCAGAUUCCUGCUGAUAAAUCCAAAGCUCCUCUCUACAUUAAUAAUCCCACACCCAAAACAAAAAUCAAUCUCAAAAUCGAAUGUUUUAGCUUCAAUGGAAGCUCAAACGUUGUUCAAAUUCUUCAGCUUUUUGUCACUAAUUUGCAUAAUUUCAAAUGCCCAAUUACAAUCUAAACAAGAUGGUUUCAUUUCUGUAUCAAUUUCAGAAAAGGGUCUUGAUUUUCUCAAAGAUUUAUUGACUGACAAGGCAAUUUCUUCACUAACCCCACUUGAACUUCCACCGAUUGAAAGAACUGUUAGGAUUCUGCUUGUGGGUAGAGUCAAAAUCGUUCUUUCCAAUAUAGUAAUUUAUCAUAUUGAUGUUCUUUCCUCAAAUGUCGAAGUGGAUGAUGAUGAGAUUAAGAUUACUGCUUCAAAGGCAACUGCUAAUUUGAGCAUGGAUUGGAAGUAUACUUACCAGAAUUGGUUUGUUGAAGUUUCUGAUCAAGGAAAGGCUUCUGUUGAGGUUGAAGAUAUGGAAGUGGGCUUGAAGGUAAGCUUGGAGAACCAACACGGUGGUCUUAAGUUGUCCCUCCUGGAUAGCAAAUGUGACGUACAAGACGUCGAUAUAAAGAUGGAUGGUGGAGCAUCUUGGCUUUAUCAAGGGGUUGUGGAUGCUUUCAGUGACCAUAUUGAAUCUGCAGUUGAAAAUGCUAUUGUGAAGAAACUCAAUGAAGGGAUCUCGAAGAUUGGUUCCUUGUUGCAGUCUCUUCCUACAGAAAUACAAGUGGAUGACACUUCUGUAUUAAAUGUUACCUUUGUUGGAGAUCCCAUUUUAAGUGAUUCUUCCAUUGGUCUCGUGAUAAAUGGGUUAUUUAUUCCAAGUAAUAGAGCUCUUUCCGCCACUUAUCAACACCGGAUAUCACAUGCUUCAGUUCCGUGCUAUACUCCUGCAAAGAUGAUUGCAAUGUCAUUGCACGAAGAUGUGUUUAAUUCUGCAUCUUCAGUGUAUUUCAAUGCUGGGCUUAUGCAGUGGAGAGUUAACAAGAUACCAGAUCAAUCUCUUCUGAAUACUACUGAGUGGAAAGAAGUUGUACCUCAACUAUACGAACAGUUUCCUGAUGCCAGAAUGGUUUUAGACAUAUUGGUGGAUUCCCCUCCUUCUGUGCAUGUUUUUGACGGUGGAAUGGAAGCAACCAUCAACACAGAUGUAACAGUAGAUGUUGUUAAAGAUGGAGAAGUGAUACCAGUUGCUUGUGGAUCUGUGGUAGUCAGUGCUUCAGGUUCUGUCGAAAUCUCAGGGAAUAACCUGACUGGCGGCAUUGAACUGAAUAAGUUUGAUUUGUCAGUGAAAUGGAGUAAAAUUGGUAAUUUGGAAACUGAUAUGAUUGAGCCAAUAAUAUCGGAGGUUCUGAAAGAUGUCCUGUUGCCACAUUUGAAUCUGUUCCUCAUAAAAGGAUUUCCUUUGCCGCUAAUCCAUGGCUUCACCCUUAAGGAUGCUGAGAUUGUGUACUCUGAUUCCAUGAUUACAGUUUGCAGCGAUGUGUCAUUUACUGAAGAUAAUCACCUUCUUGCGAAAUAUCAAAGCAUCAGUGAUAUCUUCUCUUUCCUUUCCUUCAUGUAAAAUACGAUGUAGUAUCCAUGGCAUUGUUGUCUGUACUGUAACUUUUUGCAUCUGUAUUUGUCUUCUGGUCAGAUAUUUCUGCAAUGUAAAUCAGUAAAUAAUAAAAAAAGGUUGUACUAAGCUUCUUUCUUUUAA